AUGACCCAGAACAAAUUCCUCAGAGAAAUUGAAUCGAAUUGGGCUCUGAGGGAGCUGAUCCGAAUUGAAUCGAAUUUGGCUAGUAUUGAAAAUAAGAAGAGUCCAGACCAUGCUCCGGCCGAUGAUAAUGAAGAGACCAAAAAGUCGGAAACUUUUGCCGAAUCCAAGGUCGGCGAAAAUGGUUCUUCGGGAGAUGGUCACGGUGGUGAUUUACAUGUACUCCUUGAUGUUAAUGGAAAAGGCACUGAACCAUCGUUCAAGGAAAUAGGCAAUGAUGACGUUCACCCAGAUCUGGAAAACGAAAGCUAUGAACAGUUCACAUGUGGCGAAGCUGUACUAGAUUUUUCUCCAGGUUUACAGCCUAAGGAGUUGGAAAUAGCAAAAGGAGAACUUGAAACAGAACUCGAGGACCUAUUUAAGCAAAAGAUUGAAGCUGAAGUCGAGUAUUUGACAAUAUCAAGAACAGUUCAAAAGCUGACGAUUUGUGCCGUGGAUCAAAAUACUAUUCCAGUAGACCAAAAGUUAUCUGCCUCAUAA